CGUAACCCGAUUUGUAGAGGUCCUGUCCCCUGACCAAUCGGCUAUCCUAACUUAACCACUUGAGUUGGAUGCCCAACCCCAACCAAUCGAGCUGCUCCGCAGGGCGGGACUUGCUUAGAAGACACCGACAGGAUCCUUAACAAAUGUUAAUAACGCCGUUGCACUAGCCGGCUAUUAAUGUAGCUAGGUACAACUGAUUUUUAACUAGCUAAAAUUAACGCUUGCAUAUGAGAGAAAGGCCAUUAAUGGAGUUUGACAAUCCUGCGCAGUGGACUUAUAUAUUAAUGUGAAGCUGCCUUUCGCUACUGGUUAAAUUUCUGGCUUGCAGACAUAAUGGACGAAGAACCAGAGAGAGCCAAGCGCUGGGAAGGGGGCUAUGAGAGGACAUGGGAGGUGCUGAAGGAGGACGAAUCCGGCUCACUAAAAGCCACAGUGGAAGAGAUCCUGUUCCAGUCCAAAAGGAAAAGAGUGAUAGAGAGCCAUGGACAAGUAAGGCUUGGAAUGAUGCGGCACCUCUAUGUGGUGAUUGACUGUUCAAGAAGUAUGGAAGACCAGGACUUGAAACCAAACCGCCUCACCUCUACUGUAAAGCUGUUGGAAACCUUUGUUGAUGAGUAUUUUGACCAAAACCCCAUCAGUCAGCUAGGCAUUAUCACCACGAAGAAUAAAAGGGCUGAGAAGCUUACUGAUCUGGCAGGAAAUCCAAAGAAGCACACUGCUGCUCUGAAGAAAGCAGUGGACACUGUGUGUGUAGGAGAGCCAUCCAUAUACAACUCUCUCAAUCUGGCCGUACAGACCCUCAAGAACAUGCCUGGACAUACAAGCCGGGAGAUCCUGAUAAUCCUCAGCAGCCUUACAACAUGUGACCCAGCCAACAUCUGUGAGCUGAUUAAGACCCUAAAGUCUCUAAAGGUCCGGGUGUCUGUAAUUGGCCUGUCAGCAGAGGUCAGGGUGUGUACAGUAUUGACCAGGGAGACGGGCGGCUCGUACCACGUUAUCCUGGAUGAGAACCACUUCAAAGAGCUGCUAAUGCUGCAUGUCAAACCUCCUCCAGCCAGCUCCUCAUCUGAAUGCUCUUUAAUACGCAUGGGUUUUCCUCAGCACACCAUCACCUCUCUGACUGACCAGGAUGCCAAGCCUUCAUUCAGCAUGUCUCAUCUGGACAGCAGCAGUGGUCCUGGUCUGUCUCUGGGAGGAUACUUCUGCCCGCAGUGCCACGCCAAGUACACAGAGCUUCCCGUUGAGUGUAAAGUCUGUGGUUUGACUCUGGUGUCGGCUCCCCAUCUCGCCAGAUCUUUCCACCACCUCUUCCCCCUCCAAGCCUUUACAGAGAGUCCUGUGGAGGAGUUUCAAGAAGACAGGUUCUGUCAAGCGUGUCAAGGGGAGCUGAAAGAUAAAAGUAUAUUCACCUGUCCAUCAUGUUGCAGUGUGUUCUGUGUGGAGUGUGAUCUCUUCAUCCAUGACUUGCUACACUGCUGCCCAUGCUGCAUUCACAGUCAGAACGCUCCCUGAAGCUGAGAGGCUAACUUUCAGACAGAGACUAAAAUAAACUUGGUGGUGGUCAUGUGAUCUUUUGACUCAUCAUCCAUCCUAACAGGGUUGUGCACCUCUGAUAGAAUAGAUCUGAUGCACACAGGCUGUGAAUCAUCCAGAUUGUCACAUUUCAAAGUUCUUGAAGCUUGCCACAAAAUAUUGGUCCGUUUCAGUAGAUCCAUAUCGUUUAAAGGUGAAAGCAGCUUCUUGCUAAAGACAGUGCUGAGUUGGAUUUAAAUUUCUGUCUGCUCUGAGAACUGCAUCUGAGCCACUUUACGACUGCUUUUAAAUCACAACGCUUUAUAUGAGCC